CUCUUACUCCCAAACCCGUCAUUUGCGGAAUAAUAACGCCACAGAUCUGUGUGAACGGCGCCGGACCAGGCCGCUUCCGCCGCGUUUCAGUGCAGAUUAAAUCAUAGGAUGCAAUUUAAACGACCGGAGGGAUUCUAGUGACAUUCUCGGACUUAAACGGGAGUUUGGUUUUCAAGGCGACUGAGAUUUGAAGUCUGUGUGCCUGUUUGCAAGUGGAGAAUAAAAUCCUGAGCGGUAAUCAUGGCAGAAAACAACUUCCCUCCCCUGCCUCGAUUCAUCCCCCUCAAGCCAUGUUUUUACCAAGACUUCAAUGAGAUCCCAGACCAGCGGCGGACCAUGUGCAAGAGGCUCUACUACCUCUGGAUCUUGAAUACUGCCACACUAGCUGUAAAUCUGAUUGGCUGCCUGGCAUGGAUGUGUGGAGGCGGUGGAGCGACCAACUUUGGCAUGGCCAUCCUGUGGCUCAUCCUCUUUACUCCUUGUUCCUACGUGUGCUGGUUCAGGCCCAUCUACAAGGCCUUCAAGACUGACAGCUCUUUCAACUUCAUGGCUUUCUUCUUCGUCUUCAUGGCCCAGGUGGUGAUCAGUAUUAUCCAGACUGUUGGUAUUCCAGGCUGGGGAGUGUGUGGCUGGCUGGCGACCAUCACCUUCUUCAGCACCAACAUCGGCUCAGCUGUGGUUAUGCUGAUUCCCACCGUCAUGUUCACUGCGGUGGCUGUGCUCUCCUUCAUCGCCCUCACAAAGGUUCAUAACUUCUACCGCGGCAGUGGUGGCAGCCUGGGUAAAGCCCAGGAGGAGUGGGCUACAGGGGCCUGGAAGAACCCCCAUGUCCAGCAGGCGGCCCAGCAGGCGGCCAUGGGGGCUGCACAGGGAGCCAUGCAGCAGAACCAGUACUCAGCAGCGCCCACCUACAACUACGACGACCCGAUGUAGGACAGACGAGGGGGCCAGGCUGCCGUGUGGGAGAGCUAAAAAGGGAUCAAUUAAGAACACAAUUCAGAAUUAGGUGCCCUUCAUUAUAACACUGUACAAGCUGAAUUCAAACAGAACAAUGUAGAGGAAAAGUCAUGUUUUCGGUGGAAAUGUUGUUGAAUUUUGACGCGUGGGGUUUCAUAAUUUUAGUCAGUUCACAUAUAAAUCAACAAACAAUUAUUUAAAAAAAAAAAAAAUGUUGCUGUUGUUUUAUGCUGCUCAGUUUUAGCUGGUCAAUGUGUAUGUUGCUUUUCAACGGAGACACAUAGCUAAAACCAAUCCCCUGAGCUUAAUCAGUUCCUUCAGGUAGGUUUGAGCAACUUCUCUGCCUCUGCCUGUGUCACACUUUAAUUUUGACCUUUAGUGUGUUCUUUAAGGUACUGUAACGGCUAUAUUGUUAAUCAUGUUUACUUAUUUCUUUUAGCCUUGGAGGUCACCAAAUGCUAAAACUGUUAUUCAGUUGAUGUACUAUGGUAGCUGUUUAGCUAACAAACUUUACAUAAAAAAUGUGAAGAAAACUUUAAAGAAGGAUUUCCGUUUAAAGGAAUAGUUUGAUAUUUUUGGGAAAUACACUAAUUUGCUUUCUUUUACCUGAGUUCACCAAGAAUAUAUUAACAUUCUUACGUUUGUACAAUAAAUGCAAUGCUUCCACUAGCCACCAGUUAGCUUCGCUUAGCCUGAAUACUGGAAACAGGGUGAAACAGUUAGCAUAGCUGUGUCCAGAGAUGCCAAAAUACACCUUGUGGUACUUCUGUUUCUCUAAUCAACAUGUUAUAUUACACUUCAGAGGUUGUUGGAGGCAGACUUUGUUAUGUUUGGACAGAGUUACACUAGCUGUUUUUCCCCAUUGUCUCCAUUCUUUUUGCUAAGCUAAGCUAAGCUAUCUGGCUUCCGUUAGCUUCUAUUUGCCAUACAGACGUGAUAGUGGUGUUAUAGUUCUCCUUUAACUGUUAAUAAGAAAGCAAAUGUCAAACUAUUUCUUAAAAUUUGGGAAUUUGUUUAUCUUUUUAAUAUUGGUUAAAAAAAGUGUUAUUAUUAAGUUAAACUUGCCUAAAUUCUCAACUAUUGAAUACAAAGACAGUUUUAGUUUUGGUGGCCUGUUUAGUUUUUUUCUCCUUAUUAAUGAUUGAUGAUUCAGUUCAGGUCAACAUCUUUACAUUCUCAGGAAAGGUGUGAUAGCUGUUUUUAACUGCUACCUGUAAAAGCCCAUAGAGCGUCAACAUGUUGGGCUUUUGUCUCCUUUUUAAACCAUUCAGAAACUUUGGUUUUGUCAUUACUUACUGGUUUGGCGUUGAGCAGGCUGAUUUCAGUUUAAUGAGUUUUUACUACAUGCUAAAGUGAAGCACACAAGGUAUUUAAGGAUUUAUUGGAUAAACAUUCCAAAUCAAUGUUGUACAGGUUAAAAGUGAAAGAAAACCAAAACACUUGGAGGUCAGACGUACAGUAAAUAAUAGUAAUAAUUGUCGUAGGUGGUCAUAGCAUUGUAUGGAGUGAUGGAUGUUUUCUCCCUUUGGCAAAUUCUCCCACUUACCCCUACAUGUAAAUGCUUCAAUGACUUCUUGUUUCUGAAGUUCUGGAUUUCAGGCCUUAGUGUGUAAUUUUGUGGCUGUUGGUGUUAUUCCAUGAGUCGGUGUAAUAUGAUGUUUAUAACAAAGAAAAUAGAAUAUUAAAUUCAAGCCAAUUAUUUCUGUAUGGAGUUAAAUUUCACCAGAGGAUAUUUGUGUGUAGCGCCGGUGAGGCCUGACGUGUUCAAGUCAGAGACUGUGUCCUGUUAAUUUCAGUGAAAAUGCCUCGUGUCACUUCGAGUCUUCUUUGAAAACUUCUUCAACAUUCAGUAGAUGGUUAUUUACCGUAAUACAGUAUUAGACUUGAAACAGAUGUGAAGAUACGUAUCUGAAUGCUCGUUAUUUCAAAACCUGUGAGUCGUCUUGUCUGAUUGUGAUGAUGUGGUAUUCAAUACGCUGUAUGUUGUUUAACUUUUUAGUUAUUUUUUAUUUGUACCAACCUCUUUAUUUCCGUGUAUUCUGGAUGAUGUGUGGAUGAGUUUGAAGCACAUGUUCGUUGUGUCUUUCCAUGGCUGUGGGUAAAGUUUUUUUGAUUCAAAUUUUUUUGGGAAUAUUUUAAGUAAUGUUUGCGUUGGGUCACCUGUUGACACCGGUGCAAACUAAAUUCACAGUGAAUUUACAGUGGAGCAAUACUAACAUAUAUACGUUCAACAGUAGAGUUAUUAGAAUCCAGUGGUUUCCUGUUGUGCAGGCUUCAAAUAUUAACAACAUAUAGUGUUCUGAAAUGAAAAAUGAGCCUGAUCUCAAGUUGGACACCACUAGUAUGAUUUUACAAUAGCAUAACAUCUUCACCAGCAGAUGCACAGACAGUAGUAAUGAAGUGUAACCCUCUAAACUGUACUAUACAUCCGCUCAUCUGUUAGUAAAUGCACAGCUGAUCAUUUCUAUAAAUUGUGAAGUUUUGCACAAAAAUGAACAAACUAAAGCUACUUCCCUAUGUGUGUGUAGUGAGUUCUCCUGGUGAAUUUUGGGAUCAGUCCAAACUUUCUGCCACAUGUACAUACAGCACAGUUCAUGGGAUUAUGGAAAUUACAGCUGUGUAGUUAUUGUGUAGCAGGAACUGCAGUGCGUCGGACAAAAUAAUUUGCAUUUCAUGUCGCUGUAUGAAAGCUUCUGAAAGCCAUUUCCCAUUACCUCCCCCCUGCCCCCACACGUACUGUAUGUUGUUUGAAAUGUAUUAUCUUGUACUAUAUCAUAAGUAGAUAUGACUAUAUAUAUAUAACUACUUGAGGUGAGGUAAAUAUUUGCCAUGGAUAAACCCAUUCAAUAGGAACAUGCUCUAAUUAGGUGAAUGAAACAUUUGAGGGGGCUGUGUCUCCAUGAGUAAACGAGGAAUCAAUUUUUUUGUGUAUUACUUUUGUAUUAUUUGGUCUUACCCGAAUAGAUAUUAAAUAGUUAUUGUUGCA